AUAACAUCGCGUGAGUCGUGACAUACAGUCGACCAUUGAUAUUCCAUUACGCUUUGCACUUUGUGUCUCUGUCUCCCACCUCUUCAACGGUUCAAGCUUUAUGUUCCACUUACGCUAAUUCUAUUCAAUCAAUCCCAGUGAAGACCUAAAUUUUUGACGUUCUACUUGUAACAUGGCAGGGAGAAACCGUAUGCCUCGUCACCCUGUUGAUAUUCAUGGUUUAAGAGGUGGCCCUAGGCCAGUUUUAAGUAGAGGACCACUCCCUCUUCCUGUUCAUCCCCUGGCUCUGGAGGAAGAACUUGAAAUUCAGCAUAGAGAAAACCGGAAGAUUGUUGCUGAAAAUCGGCAUUUGCUUGAUGAAAAUGUGAACCUUGAAAGAGACCUUGUUUCCGCAAAAGAUGAAAUUCACAGAUUGGAUGAGUUCAUUGCUAAACUUCGUGCUGACAACAUUGUUAAGUAUAGGGAUUUAAUUGAAAGGAAUUUGAAGCUAGAAGCUGAUCUACGCGCUACGGAGCCUCUUAGGGAAGAAUUGUUGCAUCUUCGAAGUGAAACUCAGAAAUUGAAUGUCAUGAAACAAGAUUUGACGGGUCAAGUUCAAGGUCUCACUGCAAACAUAGCCCGUUUACGUUCUGAGAAUAAGCAAUUGUAUGCUUUGAGAGUUGACGUAGAUGGAAUUCACAAGGAACUUGCUGAAGCCAGGAGAGCUUUGGAGUAUGAGAAGAAAGCAAAUGACGAGCAGGUGCAGCAGAAGGAUGCUAUGGAGAAGAAUCUUAUGUCAAUGGCUCGUGAGAUAGAAAAGCUUCGAACAGAGCAGAUGAGCAUGGAUAGGAGAGGACAUGGGCUUGGUGGUAGUAGUAGCUAUUCAUUGUAUAAUGGUGUCCCAGAUAUGAGAUAUCCAAGCGGGGGAGCCCCUGCCGAGGGGCAUGGUGGAGCUUGGGGCCCUUAUAGCAAGCGUCCCAGACAUUGACUUCCAAUACCUCUCACUAGCAACAGAUGUGCUUACUGAUUUUGACACAACGAUCCAGGAAAAAUGGAACAAAAUGGGGAAGAGGGCGAUGAUAAGGAUGAGGGCAUCCAUUCGGAUGUUAACUAGUUUGCUUCAUUAGUUCUGAUUUUUGCUGCUCCUUUUGUAUCCAAGAAUAUAAGUUAUAAUUUGCUUCCUUAGUUCUGAUGUUAACUAAGCCUUGUAUCUUGACAAAUUGUUGGAACUGAAAGGACCAUAUUAUUCAAGGUAAAAAGAAGUACUCGCAUUAGCCAA